AUGUCAAGUGAAAAUUUCAAUCUUUGCAAAUGUUGCCACUACAGUGGCUCCCAAAAAACCGAAGCAGAAAGUUAUACAUCGGUUGAACAUAAUCUACCUAAAUUUCAUAAUAAUAAUAUGGAUAAUGCAACAGCUAUGCUAGAGUCUAACAAAAUUCAAGCAUUACAAAAUAUUUCUGAAGAAGGCUUGAUUAAAAUUUGCAAACUAAUCCAGACCAUGAAUAGCGAAAUUGACAUCUUAAAGAAUAGAAUUAACAAGAAGCCGGUGAAGAUAGAUUUCGAUUGUGAAGAUUGUAUAGGAAGCAAUUUUUUGACAUUUUUAAUGGUAUAUACUUUUGCCCUAAUGUUCAUCGGAGUUAUGGUUUACGGAUCAGAUAUCGCUACUACAUGA